UUGGUCAUGUCUGGACUGCUGGGUGUUCGCCUGCUGCUGCUCUGGGGCAGCGCCUGCCUCUGGCUGCCUGGCCUGGCCCGGGGGGCUCUGGUCAUCUCCGGGGCCCAUGAAGCUCUCCAGGAGACAAGUGGAGCUGCCAGAUCACUGCAGAAAAGAAGUACAAAUGAGGCCACGGUGGAGGUGUACAGCGUGACAGUGGACUGCACUGUGACGUCUCGUUUCGCCCACACCGUCAUGACCUCCAAGGCUCUGAACAAAGCCAACACCUCCCAGGAAAUCUUCUUUGAAAUGGAGCUGCCCAAGACCGCCUUCAUCAGCAACUUCAGCAUGGAAAUUGAGGGUCAGGUGUAUGUCGGGGAGGUGAAGGAGAAAGAGAAAGCCAAGAAGCAGUAUGAGAAGGCCGUUUCCUCUGGACAGACUGCCGGACUGGUCAAGGCCUCUGGAAGAAAGAUGGAGAAGUUUUCAGUGUCCGUCAACAUUGCAGCCAAAAGUAACGUAACUUUCAUUCUCACCUACGAGGAGCUCCUUCAGAGGAAACUGGGCCAGUAUGAGAUUCUGACCCGAGUUAAACCCAAGCAGCCGGUGCAGGAGUUUCAGAUUGUGGCAAACAUCUUCGAGCCUCAAGGUCUUUCAUAUGUCGAUGCCCAUGCAACCUUCCUCUCCAAUGAACUGCUCCCUCUAGUGGAGAAAACUGUCUCAGACAAAAAGGCACACAUCUCUUUCUCGCCAACUAUGGAGCAGCAGAGGAAGUGUCCAGGUUGUGAUGGAACACUCAUCGAUGGAGAUUUUAUCAUCAAGUAUGAUGUGAACCGAGCAAACAGCCUCGGGAACAUUCAGAUUGUGAACGGAUACUUUGUGCACUUCUUUGCUCCGCCUGACCUGCCCAGAGUGCCAAAGAAUGUGGUGUUUGUGAUCGACAGGAGCGGAUCAAUGAGUGGAAGGAAGAUCGCACAGACACGAGAGGCAAUGCUGGCCAUCCUCAAAGACCUCCACGAGGAAGACCACUUUGCCGUCAUCCAGUUUGAUCACACAAUCCUUUCCUGGAAGGAGUCACUCACCAAAGCAACCAAGGAAAAUGUGGACCAAGCUAUGGUUUAUGUCCGAAACAUAAGGGACCUUGGAGGAACCAACAUCAAUGAUGCAGUGUUGAGAGGCGUGGAGAUGCUGGUCAAGGACAGGCAGGAGAAGAAGCUCCCGGAGAGGAGCAUCGAUAUGAUCAUUUUACUGACCGAUGGAAUGCCAAAUUCUGGAGAGUCUCGCCUCCCGGUGAUCCAGAAUAAUGUGCAUUCUGCUAUCGGAGGAAACAUGUCUUUGUACUGUCUUGGAUUUGGGAAUGAUGUGGACUACUCCUUCCUGGAUGUGAUGAGCAGACAAAACAAAGGGCUGGCCCGCAGAAUCUUUGAGGGUUCAGAUGCAACACUUCAGCUCCAGGGUUUCUAUGACGAGGUGUCCAGCCCUCUACUUUCAGAGGUGGACCUGCGUUACCCUGACAAUGCAGUGGACUUCCUGACUACUAACCACUUCGACCAGUUGUUUAACGGCUCAGAGAUUGUGGUGGCCGGUCGGAUGAUGGACAACAACCUGGAUAACUUCAUGGUGGAAGUGUUCGGCCAGGGGUUUGAGGAGGACUUCACGGUGCAGGGCCAGGCCACUGCUGAUGACUGGGGUGUGAUUUACCCAGAUGAGGAGUACAUCUUUGGGGAUUUCACAGAGCGUCUAUGGGCCUACCUCACCAUCCAGCAGCUACUGCAGAAGAGCAAGAGUGGUGACACAGACGAGAAAGCCAACGCCACAGCUAAGGCCCUGGACAUGUCACUGCAGUACAGCUUUGUCACGCCCCUCACCUCCAUGGUGGUCACCAAGCCUGAAACUGAGGACGGGACAGACAGCCCGCUCAUUGCUGACAAGCUAACUGAGGAGCAAAGACAGCAGGCAGAAAGAAUGGCACAUCGAUAUAUACCUCCAGUGCACACAAGUUCUUACCAGCCAUCACCCACGUAUUUUGUGGAUGGAGAUCCUCACUUCAUGAUAGAGCUCCCAGACAGAGAUGACGCUGUGUGCUUCAACAUCAAUGACAAACCAGGAACCAUUUUCAACCUGGUCAGAGACCCAGUAUCAGGUAUUUUGGUCAACGGCCAGGUCAUCGGUGACAAGAAGAUUCCCCCUGAUGGCAAGAUUAACACCUACUUUUGCCGUUUUGGCAUCAUCCACCAGACUCUGGGGGUGAGGCUGGAGGUGAGCACUCAGGUCAUCUCAGUGUUCCAGGAUGGCAAAUGGGUCAAGCUGCUGUGGUCUGAUGCAGCUUCUCUCAAAGGACCCAAUGUGGAUCUUCUCUUGACCAAGGAUCGCAGUCUAACAGUAACUCUAAAAGAUUCAGUCAAGUUUGUCAUCCUGCUACACAAAGUGUGGGAGAAGCACCCGUACCACCGGGACUACUUGGGUUUCUACACCCUGGACAGCCACCUCCUGUCGCCUUCUGUUCACGGCUUGCUAGGUCAGUUUUACCAUGGGAUUGAAUAUGAGGUGACAGACCUGCGUCCAGGUGAGGUCCCGGAGAAACCAGACGCCACCAUGUUUGUGAAAGGACAGGAGCUCAAUGUGACCAGAGGCUGGCAGAGAGACUUCAGGAGGGAUGUGAAGAACGGAGACAACGUUCCCUGCUGGUUCAUUCACAACAAUGGAACAGGCCUCCUCGAUGGAGAUGCAGCAGACUACAUUGUGUCGGGCCUUUUUAAAACUGUUUAAAAAAAGAUUACACAUCAAUGUCUACUACAGAAAUCACCAAAUCAAAGUCAUUCAAUAAAAAUUCAAUUUUGCCUGUACUUACACCAUGAAUAUUCUAACACCAUGUGCCAAACAGGCUUCAUUCACAGCAUUGUAUGGAUGAUUUCACAGGUUCUAUGAGAGUAAUUGCUGAAAGAAUGGGAAGGAGCAUCUCAGAAUAGUAAGAAGUGCUGGAAGACAGCCCCAGCAAUCAGUUGUUUGGAAAUAAAUGGGACACAAUUCAUUAAGACAGACUCAAGAAGGAUUCACUGAUUUCAUUUCAGACUAUUAAGUUCAUGAUUUUCAGGUCUUUGCUUUGAUUGCUCCUCUUUUUCUCUCUAAAGUUGACUCGUCUACUAGCUUGCUAAUUUCAAACCUUUGUAUGAUACUGAUACACCAUGCUAGACGAAGUGCUUUCUAAUGUCAGCUACUCUGAUGAAAAGGUCUGUUACAGUUCACAUGGAGCCUACUGUGGGACUCCUGAACCACAUGAUACCAAAUAAAUGUUAAAGAGUGGUGA